AUGGGGAGCGGUGCCUUCGCCCUGGCCCUGUUCCUGGCCCUGGUGGUCUGCAUCAGCCCCGCGGAGAGGAAGUGCCAGCUCAGCGGGCUGUGGAGGAACGAGCAGGACUCGCUGAUGGAGAUUUCAGCACUGACGGAUGACGGGGGCUUCCAGGGCGAGUACCUCACCCGGGUGACCCUCACCGGCGGCUGUCCCCGUGUCUCCCCGCUGAAGGGAGCCCAGCAGCAGCCCAGCGAGGUGGCAUCGCCCACCUUCGCCUUCACCGUGCGGUGGGACAUGUUCUCCAAUGCCACCACCACCUUCACUGGGCAGUGCUUCGUAGAAGCGAGCGGGAGGGAGGUGCUGAGCACCACGUGGCUGCUGCGUGAAGCCGUCGGGUCCCUGGAGGAGGACUGGAAAGCCACCAGGGUGGGCAGAAAUAUCUUCACGCGCAAACGUGCCCCAGGAGGGAAGGUCCUGCACAGCUUGUCCUCGUCCUGCGAGGAUGUGGCUUCACCCACCCCGUGA